AUGUAUUAAGAAAAAAUUAGAUGGAGCACUGGGAACUAUAAUAUCUGUGUCAAUAAUGAGUCUAAGGUUCUAAAAAGAAAGAAUAACGAGUUUUACUAAUAAUAUAAUUAAGUUCUACCUUCAUAUUUUGAUUGGAGAGAAUAAGGAAUAAUAACUCCUGUGAAAUAUCAAGAUACAUGCGGAGGAUGUUGGACAUUUGCGACAACUGGAGUAAUAGAAUCUCAAUAUGCUUUAAAAUACAAUAAAUUAGUAAACUUCUCUGAACAAUAACUUAUCGAUUGUGAUUCUAUUAAUGAUGGGUGUAGAGGAGGUUUGAUGACUGAUGCCUACAAAGCAAUUUAAGAAAUGGGAGGAUUAGAAACAAGUGAAGAUUAUGGAGAAUAUUUGAAUUCGAAAGGCUAAUGUAAAAUUGAUUCAAAUAAAGUGUCCGCAAAAGUAAUUAAUUGGUACUAAAUAUCAGAAGAUGAAGAAGCUAUAAGAAGAGAACUUGUUUAGAAUGGACCAAUUGCAGUAGGAGUUAAUGCUAGAUUUUUAUAAUUCUAUUAAGGAGGAAUUUUAGACCCUAAACUUUGUGAUGAUUCUAUUAAUCAUGCUGUUCUAAUUGUUGGAUAUGGAGAAGAGAAUGGAAAAAAAUAUUGGAUUAUUAAAAACUAAUGGGGGAAGAGUUGGGGAAUUAAUGGAUAUUUCAAAUUAGUUAGAGGAAAAAAAUAAUGUGGUGUUCACACAUAUGCUUCUAUAGCUUUUAUUGAAUGAUAAAAUUAAAUUUAAACAUUUUGUGAUAAAUUUAUUUUUUAUUUUAUGUGUUUAAUAAAAUUAUAUAAUAUAUUUUUUUAAACAAAAAUAUUUAUAAUUUAU